AUGGAUAUGAGAAACCAUUCCACAGUGGCUGAGUUUCUUCUUUCAGGAUUAACUGACCAACGAGAGCUUCAGCUGCCCCUUUUCUGCCUCUUCUUAUUGAUCUACAUGGCUACCGUGUUGGGAAACCUCGGUAUGAUCUCAAUAAUUGGGUUGAAUUCUCAACUUCACAUGCCCAUGUACUAUUUCCUCAGUAAUUUGUCUUUUAUAGAUGUCUGCUGUUCUUCUGUUGUUAUCCCGAAAAUGCUGGCAGCAUUUUUAUGCAGAGAUAAAGCUAUAUCCUACAAUGGAUGCAUGACUCAGCUGUUUUUUUCCUGUAUUUUUGUCAUAUCAGAAUGCUACAUGUUAGUAGCAAUGGCCUAUGAUCGCUAUGUUGCCAUCUGUAGCCCACUGCUUUAUAAUGUCAUCAUGUCCCCUCAGGUCUGCUCUCUGCUGGUGGCUGCUGUCUUCUCAAUAGGUUUUAUGGAUGCUGUGAUUCAUGCAGGUUGUGUAUUAAGGUUGUCUUUCUGUGACUCGAACAUCAUUAGCCAUUAUUUCUGUGACAUUGUCCCUCUUAUUAAACUCUCCUGUUCCAGCACUUACAUUGAUGAGCUUUUGAUUUUUAUCAUUGGUGGGUUUAACGUGGUGGCCACCAGCCUGACAAUCAUCAUUUCCUAUGUUUUCAUCCUCUCCAGCAUCCUCCGUAUCCACUCUAAAGAGGGCAGGUCCAAAGCCUUUAGCACCUGCAGUUCCCACCUGACAGCUGUUCUUAUGUUUUAUGGGUCCCUCAUGUCCAUGUAUCUCAAACCUGCUUCUAACAAUUCACUCACUCAAGAGAAAGUGUCCUCGGUGUUUUAUACCACCGUGAUUCCCAUGUUGAACCCCCUGAUAUAUAGUCUGAGGAACAAGGAUGUGAAAAAUACACUGGUAAAACUCUUAAGAAGAAAGAUACCUUCAUAAUGAACAUCAUCCUUAUUAAGAUUUGUUUAUGCAUUUAUAAUAGGUAUUUUCAUAUUCAUAAUCAUAUGUUUGUAUGGAUGCAUUUAGACCUUGCCUCUUUGAAAGUAAUUUGAAGUGAAUUGUGUGUGGGUGUAUAUAUUUAUGUAUGCAUAACCCUUUGCUGUUGAGUAGAUGGUGACUCCUGGUGACCCUCUGCGCUUCAGAGUAGAACUGUGCUCCAUAGGGUUUUCAAGGGCUGUAAUCCUACAGAAGCAGAUCUCUAGGGCUUUCUUCUGUGCCAGUGCUGAGUGGAUUUGAACCCUGAACCAUUCUGUUAAUAGUUGAGCACAAACUGUUUGUAGCACCCAGGAGCCUGUGAAUUAAGAUUAA